UUGUGAAAUAGAUCAUCUUACAUCCCGACAAUCAUGCCCAGCUCGACAACCCUAUACAGCCUCCUCUCCAACAUCCUCGACAACUCCUCCAAGUCCGGCAGGCACCGUGCUUCGACAGAUAUCCAAGAUGGACUGAAACGGAUACGGCGUCUGGUCCUCACAGAGGGUAUCCCUGAAGUGCCUGGAAAGCCACCGCUGCGAGCGCGUAUAUGGAAAUUGAUGCUCAAAGUCGACACACUCAAUACUGAAGACUAUCUGCGCUGGGUAUCUAUGGGACCUUCAUCCGACAGCCACAAGAUCAAAAACGACACUUUCAGAACCUUGGCUACCGAUACGCAAUUCAAGGGCAAAGUGAAAGAGGACAUGCUCAUCCGUCUCCUAGAAGCUUUCGUAUGGAAGAUCACUUCUACAGAAUCGGAAGACGAUACACAACCCUUCAAAUACGUUCAAGGCAUGAACGUCCUCUCCGCUCCAUUCCUGUUCACCAUGCCUUCACAACUGGAGGCUUUCGCCUGUUUCUCGACCUUUAUUGAGAAUGGGUGCCCGCUAUAUGUCCAGCCGUCCCUCAAGGGUGUACACGAGGGCUUGAAGCUGUUAGAUCGAUGCUUGGAGAUUGUGGACCCGGAGCUGUAUGAUAGACUGGCGAGCAAAAACUUGAAGGCUGAGAUCUAUGCCUUCCCUUCCGUUAUGACCCUCUGCGCUUGUACACCUCCUCUUGAAGAAGUACUUCAACUUUGGGACUUCCUCCUCUGCUUUGGUCUCCACCUCAACAUCCUCUGCGUGAUCGCCCAGCUCCUCCUAAUCAAACAAGACCUUAUGGAAUCUCCCUCGUACGCCCAGUUGCGUCUUUUGAUUGUUGCAAAUGGCUACUGAUUCCAAGUCUACAGACCGAUGAAGAUCCUCCGUACUUUCCCCCCACUUCAAGCGAGGCCUGUGAUAGGCGUAACUGUUGCGCUGGUCAAGGAUAUACCGGAGGAUCUGUAUAGGGAGUUGGUGGCGCACCCAUACGCUGUUUGAAGAUGGCGAGAGAGUUUGGAUGAAGUUACACAGGCGCAGCUUGUGGUGCGAUUGUUCACGAUCUUUCAUACGAUUUUACGACCUAUUAUGCAUCUUCAAAUGACAGUUGA